CCCACUCUGCUCUCUAUAAAGGUAGACAAAAUAGCCAGCAAAGUACAGAGGCUGAGAUCAACACAGAAACCUCCAACUCUCUCUUUUCACCAUGCAGAUCUCCACAGUGCUUCUGUGCCUGCUGCUCAUGACCACUGCCUUCACCUCCGAGGUGCUGGCUCACCCAGGCUCUAUCCCAGCUUCCUGCUGUUUCAUCAUGACCAGUAAGAAGAUCCCCAAAUCACUACUGAAGAGCUACAGGAGAAUCACCAACAGCAGGUGCACCCUGAAAGCUGUAGUCUUCAUGACCAAGUUGGGCAAAGAGAUCUGUGCUGACCCCAAUCGAAAGUGGGUCAAGGAUGCCACAAAACACCUGGACCGAAAAUUCACAGCUCCCAAACUGUUACAAGAACCUCGCCUUUUGAGACUAAACCAGAGCCUUUCAUAGGUUCCUUCUUUUCCUAAGAUGUGCUCUGAGGUAAUCUGUGCACCAUUCCCAAGGACUUGGCUUCAUGUGGUUAUAGAGGGAACUGGAACUCAUUAUGUUUGGUGAAAUAGGCCAGACUCGAACGAUUGUGUAAUUUCUUGCAUAUGCAGAAUCUGAAGAUAAGAGCAUGAAAUUGGAUGUGGGAUUAGUGAGGAAUAAGAUGGAAAGGGGUGGAGAGGGCAGUUGAGGAUAAAAGGGGUAAAUAUGAUCAAAGUACCUUAUGGAUAUAUUUGGAAAUGUCAUAAUAUGAUCCACUGUUUUGCACAAUUAAUAUACACUAUUAAAAUGUUAAUAUUUUAAAACAUUUAAAUAAUUAAAGUUUAAAGCACAUUUUUCAUGAA